AUGCAGGAGUGGUCUCGGUUACUGCUGAUGUCCCUGUACAACGUGAGCAUCAACCUGAAAGGCUUGAAGUACAUCAGCGAGAGCCCGGGAUUCAUCCCGCUGCUGUGGUGGCUUUUGAGUGACCCAGACGCAGAGGUGUGUCUUCAUGCACUGCGACUCGUCCAGUCUGUGGUCCUGGAGCCAGAAGUCUUCUCCAAGUCGGCCUCCGAGUUCCAGAGCUCCCUGCCCCUGAAGCGCAUCCUGGCCAUGGCCAAGAGCCGCAACCCUCACCUGCAGACCGUGGCCCAGGAACUCCUGGAGGACCUCCGCGCCCUGGAGCGUGAUGUGUAGGGGCACUUGGUGUGUCCUUUCCCCUCCCCCAGGCCCCCACUUUGUGUUCCAAAACCAUCACUGUGCACCAUCUGUUAUAGAUGGUAGAACGUGAGUGCCUCGAGAGGAACGUGAAUGCAUAUGUAUCCACACAACUUUCCCCUGGAAGCGAAAGUACCUGUGGGUGGCUGGUUAGCCUGGCCAAGGGGCAGCCUGAGGAAGACUCCAUCCUUCUGGAAAGGCCCAUGUCCUAUACCUGGAAGAGGGCCGUCUUUGAGCGGCUUCUGCUGCUCGGGAGACUUUCGAGACCUGUGGGUUCCCCUGCACAAAGGGGAUGAAAUAACCACCUGCCCCAUUGGUCAGCAUUUUCCUGAGAUACAUGUUUUGAAAAACAAUUCAUUCUCUCUCUAGUAAUUAUAAUUAAUACCCUAAAAUGCAAGUUUACCUUUAAACCUUUUGGUGAACCUGCUAUUUCAGGUGACAUUGGACAUUUUAGUUCUGUUUUUUUUUGUGCCUGUUUUAUUUUUGAAUAAAGAAAGCCAGAAGAGUCA